CCGGGAGGAAUGGGCGGUCACGCGGCGCUGGGCGGCGCGGGCCGCACAGGAGUGCGCCGGGGCGGGCGCGGGCCGGGAGCGCUUGGUUCCGGGUCCCAAUGCUUGCGGCGUCGCGAGUGUGCGCGUGCGGACCCUUCCCGCGGCGGGGAACUGACUCAAAGUCCAACACUCCCGAGCUUUCGAGGCGAGGCCGACCGCCAGCCCGCCCGUGGGGGCGAACAGGAGCCCCUCCGGCGGCCGCCGUGGACCUAGCUGGGCUCCCCUCGCCCGGGCCUCUCACCGCGCCCCCGAGCCAGCCGCUGGGGGCCCCGGCGCCAUUCCCACGGCUCUGGACGCCCAGGCUCUGGGGGGUUAGCACGGGGGUCGUCCCCCUGCCCGCCCACCGCCCCGGCUGUCGGAACUUGAGCGCACCUCCGACCUCGGGCGCCAGAGGCCUGCGCCCCCUUUCCUUCCGCCCAGCACCUCCAUGCCCUCGGUGCACGAACGCGGCGGCGGCGGCCAGAAGUCCCCCGUGGCUUAUGAAUGACACGGACAGGCAAGAACCAGGCGCUGCCCUGAAUUCUGGCCCAGCUGGUGGCGGAGGAAGUCCAGAGAGGCACCGGAUAGGGCAGACAGGACCUGGCAGACAAAAAGUCUUGAGGAAGGCGCAGGCUGCUGGGGACAUCUCAGCCGCCACCAAGGGCCCGAUUCCGGGCCUGGGGGAGGCAAAUCCUUCCUCCUGGUGGGCCCUAUCCAGGGCGGUGUGAGAUUGGGCCAGAGGUGGGGGGAGAAUCCCAUGGUGCCUGCCCUGCAGCGGCUGCUCAGUCCUGGGGACAGCCUGAGGCCAGACAGGGCCUGGCAGUGUCGGGAAGAGAUGUCACUCAGGCUCCCGGCGACCCCUGUCCUCGCUCAAGACUUGAUGUCCCAUUGCCCAAGCAUUGCUAAGGGUUGGCUCUGCGCUUUCGCUAUGGUUCAUGUAUUUAUUCUUAAAAUCCGACUUUAAGGUCCGGGGGAGGCGAGGAGAACUCACCCUGGCCAGCCUCAGCUGCAGCCUGGGCCCCUCCUGGGAGCUCAGGGUUCAGGUGCCUGGGGGACCCUGAGGCAGUGCCUCUGACACUGUCUCCCCCUUGUUGAGGGAAUGAAAAUCUAAUGCCUCCUGGGGGUCUUGGAGGGGCUGGAGGGGAGUGGGUGGGUUCAGGUUCUCACACCACUCCCAGACCCAUGUCUCAGCGUGGCCAUGGCUGGCUCCAUGCUCCACACACACACUGAACAGUUUCUCAAAGUUGGUGUGACCAAGUGGCUGCCCAACAGGUCCCCUUGGGAUGUGGAAAGAAAAUAGGAGAAAUCGUGUAACUAUUUCUUUUCAUCUCAUCCUUUGCAAAUGUAAUGUAGUCGUAUGGUGUAGGAAUGAAUCUGUACAGUAGUCUAGCAUAUAAUUUGUAAGUGGCUGCACGUGUCUAUUUUGUGAGUGCACACUUGAAUUCUGCCUUUUACUGAAGAGGGCGUGUAAUCAGAAAAGUUUGGAGAGGAUUGUCCAGAGGGUAAAACUGCCAGCCCUUCACUGUUGAGUCUCCCGUCUCUCUGGCUUCAUUAUCCAAUAUUCCUCCCCUUUCUUCCUCCUCUCCUGAUGCUUCCACGGUGACAUCAUUGCUUCACCUCCAUUCACCUUGCAGUUACUGGCAGAUGCUCCAUGCUUUCAUGUCAGUAGCUUCGGCAGCGUCUUCUGUCUGAGGGCUCAUCCUGCCUUGUGCACUGCAAAUUCAGAUGCCCUUGCUCCUCUUUAAACGUUGCCCUGAUGCCUGCAACUCUGAAAGUGCCCUGUAGGCGCCUUGAAUAACUCCUGGGUCACUCUACUGCAGUCAUUGUACUUGACAGCACAUUUGUUUAGAGUGGCAGCUCCUUGCAAGCAAGGCCCAGUCUCAUCAGAUCGAGACUCCGAAUACGUGCUCAAUGCCACAGUGCAUGCCUUGACCCUACCGCUGGAGGGGAGAACCUGGGUCCAGUGAGCUUAAUCAGUCCUCACAAGGUCGGGGCCGCUGACCCACUAAUCAGCUUGAGCCUCCUAAUCCAUCCCCAGCAGGAACCGCAGGACAGACGGCAGUGGCUCCUGAGAGCUGGCUGGGGCCAUUUUGGCCCCUCGCCUGUGGCCUUCUGCAGACUUGGUCUGGGAGGGGAUGGGGCAGCUGCGCCAUGUGCACCACCCUUUUCCUGCUCAGCACCCUGGCCAUGCUCUGGCGCCGCCGAUUUGCCAACCGAGUCCAACCAGAGCCCAGCGACGUGGAUGGGGCAGCUAGGGGCAGCAGCGUGGAUGCGGACCCUCAGUCCUCAGGCAGGGAGAAAGAACCUCUGAAGUAAGCCCUCACCUCUGCAGGUGGGGCUCAGGCCCAGAGACUGGGAUCAGCUGGCUCAGGCAGCUCAGGUCCUGGUUCGUCCCCUAGCCCAGGAGGACGCUGUGGGAGCUGGAGCAGCGGCAAGAGGGAGAACGGGGGGAAGCAGCACUAGAGAAGUUCCCACAGCUCAUCCUGUCACUGGCUGCUCUGCUGAAAUUAUCAAUAAGAAAUGCCAGUUGGAUCUGUGACAUGUCUGCCUGCAGCUGGAUGGGAGCAACGGACAGCUUGUCCUCCGAAUGUGUUUUCUGUAUGUGUGCAAGUGCGGGUGUUCCAAAUGGGCAGUAGCGUGUGGGAAGGAAAAAGCCUGACACUUGUUUUUAUCAAUUUGCUGAUGCUCAGUCCCAGCGGCUGCCUCCUUUGCCCCCAGCUGCUCUGCCAUCUCUCUCUUUUCAAUCCUGCAUGAUCCUGAGCAGAGAUAAAAGCAGAUUUCCGCUUCUGCUCCCAGAUCCAGGAGCAGACCCUGCAGGCAGCUGCUCCCGAUGUCUCACAGCUAUUAGUCUUCAAAAGCCCCCCGUGCCUCUGUGCACACGCGUCUCUCCUCCCCAGCCAGCCCCCCUCCCAGCCCAGCGGCGAUGUCUCUGCCUGGCUGGCCCCGUGCCCUUGACUUCCAGGCAGUAGGAGAUGGAGUUCUCUAGACAGCAGCAGUUCAGCCGCCACUCCGCCUCUGAAGGGAAGGAAGGGAAAGGGUGAGGGAUGCCGCAGAGGAGAGGGAACCGCUGGGGAAGCGCUCAGGGUUGGGGAGGAGGUGCAUCCCACUGGGGAGGGCCUGCUGGUACCUCGGGGAGCCUGGCUGGGGUGUGUGCGAAGGCAGUUCUGUGGGAGCCUCUCAAAGUAGGGCAGGCAGGAGGCAGGGGGAAAGUCACACUAGGGAAGGAGCCUGCAGAGGCAAAGCCAGAGCGCCAGCCUGACCCAGGUCGUGAGCCCGUGAUCGCCUGUCUCAGCUCCUGUCAGCCUGUCUCUCUCUUUGGAGGCAUCGGCCUUCCUGGUGACAGGCCUGUCAGGCUGAGGGCCAGAGGGCACUGUUCCCGGGACCCAGUCCGUGCUCCCCGAUCCUAUCUGCAUUUAUUCUCUAAUCUAUUUGCCAUGUUCCUGUCACCUCAUCCUUGCUGCCAUUUCCAAGUUGCUCAUCUUCCACUGGUCUGAGGAAUUGUCAGGCCAAGGUCAUGGAGCUGGCUCACGGCCCAGACGCACUUCCCCAGGGCAGCGCCCCUCCACGCCACUGUUCCGAGAACCUGCGCAGGAGGUGGUGGCUGCUCCAGGGAUCCAUCCAGAGGAAGGGCGGGAAAAAGAGAGGAAGGGGCUGCUGGCGGCCAGCGGGGCUGUGGCUGCCUGGGCUUGGAGGUUGCCUGGGCAGCUGGGGUGCCAUGUGGGCUGGGUGGGGGGGCUGUCUCCCCCAGGGAGCAGGCUGGCUUUGGUGGGAGCAGAUUGUGUUUACACCUUCCCCGCACACCCAGCCCACGCUCGCCUCUUAUUCCUGGGGCCUCUCCCACCCCUGGGCUCUCUGCGCAAUCUGCACAUUUGCAGCUCCUGCUGCAGAAAGUUACCUCUCUCAGCCUAGAGCUCCCCACAGAAGGCUCCUGGGACCCGGGUGCCCCUUCCUUGGCCCACUGGCUCCCAUCACAGGGCUUAGUGUGAAGCUCAGGGCAAGGGUGGACCUUUACAUGGGGGAAUUAAAUCCUGACUAUGACACUGUCCCCACUGAGGCUGAGUCCUUUUUCCUCCCUUUCCUUGCAAAGAGCCGCUGCUUGGGAAUGGGAGCAGGAGUGCUCAGGGGCUUGGGAGAGGGCAGAUAAAGGGCAGCUAGAGAGGGAGAGCUGAGCCAAAGGGUGGGGUCCCUUCUGGUCCAGGGUGCUGGCUACUGUGAAAUAACAAGAGUCCAAGAGCAAGGUGUCCAGAGUCAGAGCUCCUGGGUUUGAACCUUGUUCCACCAGCACAUCCUACCUCUGUGGCCUGGUCCUUCAGCUCCUACUUAAUGGAAGCCUCGCAGAUGCAAGAUGGCUCCAGCAGGCCCAGCAUCACUUCUUCUCAGUGUCCCAAAGCCAGAAGAGAGGCUGUUGUUUUUAAAAGCAGGAAAACUUUCCUAAACUUGGCCAGAAUUGCAUCACAGACCCUUUCCUAAAACAAUUUCCAGCAAAGGGAAUAGACUUACCAUGUCUGGUACAGAUGAAUCAAGAUUUGCCCCUGGGGGCUAGGGAGGGGCUUGCCCCUGCUGAAGCAGACCCUUGCCCAGCAGCUGAACGGAGCCUAGGUUCACCAGAUGGAGGAAGGGACUGGCCACUAACAGUGCCUGACAUACAGAUGUGCUUCCUGUGAUAUCGCUGCCGCCACUGUUCCAAAUGUAAGCAGUUGGCUGUCUGGGAUACUACCUACCUUCGUUUGUGUUCUUAUUAAUAAAAUUAAAGAUUGCUUUCUGGGUAGAGAAAUUAA